ACUUAAUGAGAUGCAGUAGCCUAUUUAGGGUAAUGAAAAAAUACGAUAUUUUACCAUUAAAACAUUAACUACAAAGUAAAAUAUUUAGGAGAUUGAGUAAUGACUCUGAAUGGGAAGACCUCCACUAGUGAGCAGUAUCUUGAUUUGAUAAAGAGGAAAGUUGAGGGAGAUCAAGAUGUGAAUUCUGAGAUUGAAAGCUUACAGUAUAAACAAAAUGAUGAGGCACAACAGAAGGUACAAUGGGUUAAGACUAGAAAGACCAUUGAACAACUAAUUGCUCAAAAGCUUACGAAGAAGACCAUUCAGGAAGUCACAAUUGAAAUCUUCCAAAUAAAUUUGAUCCGAUAUUUAGGUAUACUAGUACGAGCCAUCAUGAAGCAUCAAUUAAAGAAUAUAAGUAAAACAUCUGUUUUAGCGAGUUUGACAUCGAUAUUGAAUUCCAAGAUUCCUGAAAUUGGUGAAUUAUUAGUUAAUCGAUUAAUAUUACAAUUUAGAAAGAAUUUAUCUCAAAAGAAUUAUGCAUUUGUUCGAUAUUCUUCUUUAUUUAUAAGUCAUUUAGUCAAUCAAAAAGUGGUUAAUGAGAUAUUGAUAUUACAAAUUAUUCAGAAGUUAAUGGAAAUUAUUAAUGGAGAUACUAUAGAUAUACUUAUCCGAAUAUUAUGUAUUAAUGGACAAUAUCUUACCAUACAUUCAGGAACAGCACUUAAUCUGAUAUUUUCAGGAUUAUCAAAAAUACUACAUGAACAAAAUCAUCAACUAAGUAAAAGAAGUAUACAACAACUUAAAAUGUUGUUACAGAUACGGAAGACAAAAUUUAAAGAUUAUCCCAUUAUUGAAAAUGGAUUAGAUUUAGUUGAGGAUGAUGAUAAAGAAGUACAUAUUAUAUUGUUGGAUGGAAUUAUUCAUAGUAAGAGUGAGCUUAAUGUAUUCCAAUUUGAUCAAGACUAUAAAGAGAAUGAAGAGAACUAUCUUGAAAUUAAGAAGGAGAUACUUGGUGAUGAUGAUGAUGAUGAUGAUGAUGAGGAAGAAGAAGACGAAGAAAAAGAAUCACAUGAACAACAACUAGUAGAGGAAAAACCAAAAGAAAUAAUUCAGGAUUUGACAGAAUCUCAAUUACUUGAAUUUCAAAAGAAAGUAUACUUGACAGUUAUGUCAUCAUUAUCACCCGAUGAAGCUGUUCAUAAAUUACUUAAAUUGAAAUUUCGAAGUGAUGAUAAGGAAGAUAAUCGAAAGAUUAUUGUUGAUAUGAUCAUCAAAUGUUGUGCUCAAGAAAAGACAUAUUCCAAAUUCUAUGGAGUUAUUGGAGAGAAGUUAUGCGUAUUCGGAAAUGGUAAAUCAUAUCAACCAUAUCAUGGAAUAUUUGUAACAUUAUUCAAAUCAUAUUAUGAAGAUAUUGAAAAAUUUGAGACCAAUUCAUUGAGGAAUUUGGGUAAAUUCUUCGGGCAUUUAUUUGCAUCAGAUAAAUUGGCAAUUGAUAAGUGUUGGAAUGAUAUUAAAUUAACUGAAGAAUAUACUAAUGCCUCUAGUCGAAUCUUAUUAAAGUUCAUAUUUCAAGAAAUGAUUGAAGAAUUGGGGACACAAGAAGUUAAAGAAAGAUUAAUUAACGAUGAAUAUAUUAAACCUUAUAUCAAUGGAGUAUUUCCUGUUGUUGAUGUUGAUUGGAGGGAUGCAGAUGAUAUUCGAUUUUCAAUCAAUUACUUCACUGCUAUUGGACUAGGAGUAUUAACAGAAGAGAUGCGUCAAGUACUUAAUGACCUUCCACCUCCACCAUCAGAAAGUGAGGAUGAAAAUGAUAAAGAUGACCGAGGUAGACCCAGAUCUAGACGUGGAUCAGGAUCAGGAUCUUCUCGAUAUUCUAGUUAUUCCAGAAGUGUAUCCUACUCUCGGUCCAGAUCAGCUAGUCGAAACUCACGAUUAUCGUUCUCAAGAUCACCUAGUCGUACACCUUCACGGAGUCCCCAACGUAAACGCCGAGAAAAUGAUACUAGUGAACAGGAUAUGAAAAGAAUUAAGAAGUAAUAAGUAAGAAGUAAGAAGUAAGAAGUAAGAAUUAGAAAAGUAAGAAGUAAAAAGUAGAAAUUUGCUAACUCCAGGGCCGGGGUUUGAAAAGCUUAGUAGGAAAAUAUAUAUACUUUAAAUAUAGUUUAAUAUUUCGGACUUAUCGAAGAUUCUUUUAUUAUCAAGAACACAAAACUCGAAGACUCACCUGAACUGAUUUUUGUGCAUCACAAACAUCAUUCAUUUUAGCUACAAAUGACUCUAUAAGCAAUAGACAGCAGAGAUGAGCAGCUGUGAAAAGUGCGCGGAAAAUUACGGAGAAGUGUCAACCUCAAAUUAUUGAUUGACAUAGUGAUAGAAACGAAGUAUUCUACUUUAGUUAAUGUGAUG